AUGCUGUCCGGUCUUUUGUUACUAUUUUCUGUAGCAGUUACGUAUGCGGGUAGAUCGCCGAACGCUGAUUAUGUUGAAGAUUUGAUAAGGAACAACGAAUUUGGACGAAUUUCUGACAGCGUCGUAGAAGAUGCGAAACUGGAUGUUCCUGAUCUUGUGAGGAAGUACAGAUAUCCAUUAGAAGAACACACCAUCGUCACUCCUGAUGGGUAUAUUUUGGGCUUGCAUCGUAUUCCUCAUGGCCGAGAGAACAACAAUAGGCCUAAAGACAAACCAGUCAUAUUUAUCAUGCACGGGCUGCUGGGAUCGUCUGCCGACUUUGUGCUAAUGGGCCCAGGUUCAGGAUUGGCGUAUAUCCUAGCUGAAGAAGGAUUUGAUGUAUGGAUGGGUAACGCUCGUGGUAACUAUUACUCACGAAGACAUGAAAGUUUACGGCCUGAUGCACUAUUGAAUACUGACUUUUGGGAUUUCUCAUGGGAUGAAAUUGGAAACAUUGACUUACCAUCUAUGAUCGACUAUGCUCUUGCACACACUGGCAAGAACCGAUUGCAUUACAUUGGAUUCUCUCAGGGCACUACUUCGUUCUUUGUGAUGGGAUCGCUCCGGCCUGAAUAUAAUGACAAGAUCAUUUCAAUGCACGCCCUAGCUCCUGUAGCGUACAUGGCUAAUAAUAAAAUCCGUCUUUUCAAUGUACUGGCACCAUUUUCUAGAAAUCUUGCGGACUUAGCCGAAUCGAUUGGUAUUGGAGAAUUUUUACCGAAUAGACAGGUAUUUACAUGGGCAGGCCAAACGUUUUGUAAAGACGAGGCAAUAUUCCAACCAGUCUGUAGUAGUAUUUUAUUCUUAAUCAGUGGAUGGAAUGUGGACCAACUAAACACGACAAUGCUGCCCGUGGUAUUUGGUCACAAGCCCGCAGGAUCUUCCGUCAGACAGAUAGCCCAUUAUGGUCAAGGUAUAUCAGAGAAGAGAUUCCGGCGUUAUGACUUUGGCUGGACUAAAAAUAGAAGAAUUUAUGGAAGUUUCAGCCCGCCCAAUUAUAAUUUGGGCAAUGUUAGAGCACCGGUUUUCUUACACUAUUCACAAAGUGAUCCGUUAGCUCAUGUCACCGAUGUCGAAAGAUUGUUCAAUGAACUUGGUAACCCAGUUGGAAAGUUUAGUAUCGCUCAAAGAACGUUCGGUCAUUUAGAUUUCUUGUACGGAAUUAAUGCAACAACAUUAGUGUACAACCGCGUUAUCAAUCUAAUCAGGUCUAUAGAAAAUCUAAAUUAAUAAUUUCCAUUAAACUGAACUAAUAUUGAUUUUUUUUCAUUAACGCUAGUGUUACACAUUUAAAUAAAACACUUUUUAAAGGAUUAAAAUAUUCGUAAUAGUUUUA